AUGCGCGAGGGCAAACACGACUAUAACCUUCAGACUGUGCUACAAGACUUCCUGGCCGAUGGCGUUGUGUAUCUAGAGCUGCGCACCACUCCGCGAUCUACAACCACCAUGUCUGCAGAGGCGUAUAUCACAGUCCUCCUCGGUGCUAUUGAAGAGUUUGAAGCGCUGCACCCCCAAUUGCACACUCGGCUGAUAUUGUCCAUCGAUCGCCGCCAUUCCAUUUGUACAGCAGAAUCUAUCCUUGACCUCGCAAUUCGUCUACAAAACACAAUUGGGUGCGGCGUUGUUGGCAUCGACUUGUGCGGAGAUCCCACUGUUCGUCCCGGGGGGCAAGUUGCCGUCUUUACUCCCGUCUUUGAGCGGGCCUCUAGAGCCGGGCUGGGAAUUACUGUUCAUUUUGCAGAAGCAGAGGCCAGUGGAUCUCACGGUGAGCUCCGCACGCUGCUUUCCUGGAAUCCUGGCCGAUUGGGACAUGUAAUAUGGGAGGACGAGGAAGCCAGGGAGGUAAUUGCAGAAAGGGAACUGUGCCUGGAGCUCUGUCUGAGUUGCAAUGUGCAGGCGGAAAUGGUCCAUGGGGGGUUUGAAGGCCACCACUUUGGGCAUUGGAAGGACGUCAAGGGCCCCAGGAUUUCGCUAGCGCCUCUGAAAAUUGACCUGUCGCUGCGGGAACAAGGUCGUGUCGUUCUCAGCAGGAACCAUGAAUGUCCGUCAACACCAACUGCUUGCCGGUGGCGGUCUUCGUCAAGGCAGGAGAGUGCGUGGCUAACCAAGAACCUACAGAUCCUCGAAUGGGCCUUUGGGAAGCGCAUGACGCCGGCUGAGCGUCUGCGCAAGAAUCAGCGAAUGCUCGACAAGGCGAUCCGAGAACUCGACCAAACGCGCGUCAAGCUGGAGAAGCAGGAGAAGACACUGAUACAGCAGAUCAAGACCAGCGCCAAGAAUGGGCAGAUGGGCGCUUGCAAGAUCCAGGCCAAGGACUUGGUCCGCACGAGGCGGUAUAUCGAGAAGUUCUUUUCGAUGCGCAGCCAACUACAAAAGAUUUCAUUACGGCUCCAGCUCCAGCGAAUUGCCAUGGAGUUUGAGCGAGAAAACGACAUCAUGGAGCAGAGGCAGGAGAUGAUGGAUGACGCCGUCGACGAUGCCAUGGAUGUUGGUGUCGAAGAAGAGGGCGACGAAGUGGUUGAACAAGUCUUGGAAGAAAUCGGCAUUGAUUUCAACCAAUCCCUUGGGGAGACGCCAACGGCAAUAGGCAACCCUGCUAUUGCGGAGGGCAAAAUUGCACAGGCUGUUGGCGGAGGGAGCGGUGGCGACCCAGUUGAUGAUGACCUUCAGGCCCGACUUGAUAGCCUGAAGAAGUAA